UUUAUGCCCGAACUAUGCGCGACCCCGUAUAACCCCGUGCGGAUUGAUCCCGGUGUCCUGCGACCUGAAACACGCGCCUGACGUCGGUAGACUGUGGAGCUGGGAAGUCCGCAGCGAUUUACCUAUUUAAGUAACACCAAACGACUGACAUUUUUAAAGAUGCCACGAAUAGAAGCCGACGUGAAGUUGGACUUCAAGGAUGUUUUGAUCAGACCAAAACGAAGCACGCUCAGAAGCAGAUCUGAUGUUGAGCUGGUACGCACAAUCAGCAAGUUCAGGAACUCUGGACAGUCCUACAGUGGGAUCCCAGUUAUUGCUGCUAACAUGGACACCGUGGGGACGUUUGAGAUGGCCAAAGCUCUUUCAAAG